CUUACAAUUUUGGAAGUUGACAGCUCAGUAACAAACCUGGAGCGUAAUGGUAUCUUGAUCACGGCAUUAUGCAGUUGAUUUAGAAGGACACACAUCACAAAUAUUAUCAUAGUUUCUAAACAAAGUUAAUUCCCCACGUUAUAACUUGUGCAUAGUCUAUAAAACAUGUCUUUCUUCGUAGACUCAGUGAUCAUGUUCACCUCCCAGGUGUUGUUCUUUGGUUUCGGCUGGCUUUUCUUCAUGCGACAAUUAUUCAAAGAUUAUGAGGUCCGACAGUAUGUCGUCCAGGUGGUGUUUUCAGUCACUUUCGCCUUCUCUUGCACAAUGUUCGAGUUAAUCAUAUUUGAAAUCCUGGGAGCUCUAAGUAGCACGUCAAGAUAUUUCCACUGGAAAUUAAACCUUUAUGUGAUUUUGCUUGUACUCAUAUUUGUGGUGCCUUUCUACAUUGGUUACUACAUUGUCAGCAACAUACGACUCUUGCAGAGACAGAAGCUUCUCUUCGCCUGUAUGGUAUGGUUCACAUUUAUGUAUUUCUUCUGGAAACUGGGGGAUCCCUUUCCUAUCCUCAGCCCUAAACAUGGGAUCCUGUCUAUUGAGCAGCUCAUUAGUCGAGUUGGGGUGAUAGGCGUCACCCUUAUGGCUCUGCUAUCUGGCUUUGGUGCUGUCAACUGCCCGUAUACCUACAUGUCUUACUUCCUGCGUAAUGUGACAGACAGCGACAUCUUGGCUUUGGAGAGAAGACUACUUCAGACCAUGGACAUGAUUGUCAGUAAAAAGAAACGGAUUGCUAUGACAAGGCGACAGAUGUUCCAGCGCGGAGAGGACCAAAACAAACAGACUGGAUUCUGGGGGAUGAUCAAAAGUGUCACCUCAUCUCCAACAGGAAGCGAGAAUCUGUCGGUGAUUCAGCAGGAGGUGGAUGCUUUAGAGGAGCUUAGUCGACAGCUCUUCCUUGAGACAGUGGAUCUCCAGGCCACCAAGGAGCGAAUAGAAUACUCAAAGACGUUUCAGGGAAAGUACUUCAACUUCUUGGGCUACUUCUUCUCUAUCUAUUGUGUUUGGAAGAUAUUUAUGGCCACAAUCAACAUAGUGUUUGACCGUGUGGGCAAAACUGACCCUGUAACCAGAGGAAUUGAAAUUACUGUGAACUACCUUGGUAUCCAAUUUGAUGUAAAGUUUUGGUCCCAGCAUAUCUCAUUCAUCCUGGUGGGGAUCAUCAUUGUCACCUCCAUACGAGGCCUGCUCAUCACCCUCACUAAGUUCUUCUAUGCUAUCUCAAGUAGCAAAUCCUCAAAUGUAAUCGUGCUUGUUCUGGCUCAAAUCAUGGGCAUGUACUUUGUAUCGUCCGUGUUGCUCAUGCGCAUGAGUAUGCCGCUGGAGUACCGGAGCAUCGUCACCGAGGUCCUGGGGGAGCUGCAGUUUAAUUUCUACCACCGUUGGUUUGACGUCAUCUUCCUGGUCAGCGCCCUCUCCAGCAUCCUCUUCCUCUAUCUCGCUCACAAACAGGCCCCCGAGAAGCACAUGACUCUGUGACAUCGCCACGUUUUUAUUUCAAUUUAGUUUGUUUUUCGUGUACGUGACUGUGGCGUUAAAUGAAGAGUCCCACUUGUGAUGUAGGUGUGGAUUGAUAAGUCGGCCAACACACAGGGGAUUUCACUGCUUCAUUCAGUGAUGAGCUGUGUACGGGUUGGUCAGGGAUUUGUGAGGGUUUACAAAACAUAAUUAAUUUGAUUUGGGAAAGCAGGUGACAUUGUCACCAGUUUAAUACGAAUGCAUUUGUUUUGGGUUAUUUCCUGUGAGGUGGUAUCUACAGUACUGAUUGGCAGAUGCGGGCCAGGUUCCGCACACAUACAACUGGCAUCAAUAGCUUCAAGCCUUAACUCAUAACGUAACCAUGAAAUCACACCAGUCCUUACAGUAAACACCAAAAAUCCACCCUGGUUUUUAAAUGCAGCCAUCAUGGUCUCAGCAUAGACUACUGAUCCCAGUGUUCUCUUGGGGUUCAUUGCACUAGGAACGUGAACAUUCUGAUGAUGUCUCCAGUAAGGUCAGAUGAUGUUUUCAAAAAGCUGUUGAGAUUUUUUGUUUGGAGAGGUUCAUUUUGACCAGUUUGAAAGGGGAAACUGGCCCAGUAAGUGUUCUUUUUUUCUUAUUUCUGCCUUUAAACUGCAACGAGGAACUUCAUUUCAGAGUUUAUAACACUGGCUCUGUAUCAGUUGCCAGUUACUCUAUAAUUGUAUAUUUUGUUUUUUGAAAUAGAGUCAACUUAGAUAAAUUGCGAUUUUAAGACUUAAGUGAUCAUGACAUGUUGCAGUUAAAUAUUAAAAAAGUGAUGUUUGGGUGGUCAUUUUUUUAUAUUAUGUCACCUCUGAGACAAAUAAAUAUGUCUUUGUUAAA